AAGAAAUCGGUUCAGGGGCAAAAUCAGCGAACCCUGUGUAAGCACCUGCAUCAAAUCUCACAUCCCCACCAUUCCCAUAAUUGAUCAAACGAAGCUGUGUAUCCAUAAAGUUCGGUUGGAAUAAAAUUGAAGGGAAUUAUCUCAGCAAACACGUAUUAAGUAAUUUUAUCACAUAAUGGACAUUUCGAAGUGGAAGGUGGACAGUUUCGGGGAUGGUAACCCCUUCAGCGAUCCGUACUGGUACCAGGGGCAGUACUCGCCGUACUACAAGCAGAGCCACAUCGAGCUGCGCAAGUACGUGCGCGAGAUGGUGGAGGAGCACAUUUUGCCCUAUUGCCACGAGUGGGACGAGGCCAAGGAAAUACCGAAGGAGACGCUGAAAAAAAUCGGCGACUCCGGCAUCCACGCGCUUUGCGUCGGGCACCCCUUUCCAACGAAGCACGUGAACCUGCCGCCCUGUUUGAGGGGCAAGGAGGAAGAGCUGGACUCCUUCCACGAAUUCAUCGUUAUCGACGAAUUCAGUCGUACCGGAAGCGGCGGCGUCGGGUGGGGGAUCAACGGCGGCCUCUGCAUUGGCCUGCCACCGGUUCUGCGGUAUGGAUCUAUGCACUGCAAAACUGUCUGGGUCUGGAAGGAUGGAACUUGCAAUGCUAGCUCUACACUCCUGGGAAAUCUGUAUUGCAUAACCAACAAAAGUCGCAGCAAAGGCGCAGUUUGUCAUGCUCUGCCUAUGAGAGAGCGUUUUGGGAAGUUGUCAUGCUGGACUGCAUUCGGAAGUGUUUCCAUCAUGGACAUUUUAGCAUCACAAGUUUCCAGACCCAGACAUUUUUGCAUUUGAUAGGAUCGCCGGCGUUGCAAGACAAGGUCGUCGGACCCGUUUUGCGAGGGGAGAAAAUCAUCUGUCUAGCUAUGACCUGCUCAAACGUUACAAUCUCAAACGUUACAAUAGAAUUUGGAAAUCUGCGAUGCAAGAAGUGCAUGAUCUGGCGAAGUCUCAUAGGACUGCGCAUCACAAGUUACGGAGUCCCAAACCGCACUACAAUCUGCCGAAAUUUGUGUUGCAGAAAAUGGAACGGUCUGCGAGUCUGUCAUGGUCAUUAUGCAAGACAAAUCCCAGAUUCUAUUGUAACGUUUGAGAUUGUAACGUUUGAGCAGGUCAUACUAGCGAUCACGGAGCCGAUGGCCGGCAGCGACGUGGCACAGAUUCGGUGCCGAGCAGAAAAGAAGGGCGACCACUACAUAUUGAACGGGGAGAAAAAGUGGAUCACCAACGGUACAGUAUGUUUGAGAAUGGUGAAAGAAGUACUGAAUUCUUUUGCGCACUGAAUGCUGAUCAGGAUCGGGUAUCGAACUCAAGGCAACCACUUCGUAUGUUUGAAAAUUUCAGGCAUCUGGGCAGACUACUUCACGGUCGCCGUUCGAACCGGCGAGGCAGGGGCGGGUGGCGUGAGCAUGCUGUUAGUGGAGCGCGGGCCCGGGGUAAAGACGCGGCGAAUGGACUGCUCCGGUAUGUGGUGCUCCGGCACCACCUAUGUCACGUUUGAUAACGUGAAAGUCCCGUGCAGUAAUCUCAUCGGCAAGGAAAACAAGGGCUUCAAGUACUUGAUGCUAUGUUUUUUCUUUGAUGCGAUGAAUGAGACGGGAUUCAGGCUGCUUGACAGGCUGUUGCGACGCUUUCCCCCCACUCUUGCUAGAAAUCCCUGAUAAAAAUCUUUACCACCAAGGUACAUUGUUUCCAACUUUAAUCACGAGCGGCUGCUGAUCUGCUACAUGUCCAACCGAUUUGCCAGAGUGUGUUUGGAAGAAAGCAUUAAGUUUGCCAACAAGAGGAAGACCUUCGGGAAAAAGCUGGUCGACCACCCGGUGAUCCGAUGGAAGAUCGGGGAAAUGACCCGCGAAAUAGAAGCAACGCACGCAUGGCUGGAAACCUUGUGCUACAACAUGGACAAAAUGGAGAAGAAAGAAGCGGAUCUGAAGCUCGGCGGAAUGACGGCGCUUGCAAAGGUGAUUUUUGGAAUAGUUGCCUUUGCAUUCAAAAAAGGUAUGACUGAGGCAGAUGCCCAGCACAUCGCUGCAGCUUGUCUCUAAUUGACUUAUCCAUCACAUAAUGAAGUGUUUGAAUAAGUGCCCACGACACACUUCCCAGGUCCAGUGCACGAAGACAAUGGAAUACUGUGCGCGAGAAGCGGCGCAAAUUUUCGGCGGUUUGUCCUACAGUCGGGGUGGGCAGGGGGAGAAGGUGGAGCGCUUAAGUCGCGAAGUCAGAGCGAUGGCGGUGCCAGGCGGUUCAGAAGAGAUCAUGCUCGACCUCGGUGUGCGGCAAGCAAAAAAGGUCGCAGAAUUAGCCCGGCAGUUCGAGGCACCCGCGGCGAAGAUGUGA